UAGUUUUUGUUGUUAAUAAUUAAUCAAUAACAAUGUGAAUGGGAGCGAGCGACUGAUCAGCCAAGCCACCCUGCUGCACCUCUCAUGUCACUUCCUUUUCUAGUGUAGCAACUAGAAAUAGUUUUAACCGCUUUCUUCUCGGAAACAAAGCUAUAGUGAAGUGCAGAGAUGGCUUAUAGAGGGAGAGGGAGAGGACGAUUUGGAGGCGGUGGUGGUUUUAGCUAUGCAAGGCAAGAGCCCUUUGAUUUAUUUCCUAAAAUUUUGCUAUUCCAGGAAAUUGAAUUACCUGAUCCCAAAAAUGUGAAGGAGGAAAGGGCAUUAGUUGUUUGGAAUUCAAGGUUAACAAACUAUUUCAAAUCCUCUCCUUGUUAUCUUGAGGAGAUUGUUUCAAAGGAGAUCCAGAGCAUGGACAUAGAAAGAUUUUCAGACAGGGGGAAGCCAAGGAUCACAUCAGAACGUGAUUCACUUGACCAAUUCUUACAGCUCACGUCUAAAAAUUUUCCUAAAGAACUGAUUGGAGGUUUAAAUAGGAAGCGGCCAAACAAAAAAGUGAAGUGGACAGCAGACUUGAGGAAGUUGGAUGAUUAUGAGAAGCGUGAAUUGAUGUAUGAGGGCCAAGCUGAAAAGGUUCAAAUGGAAAAGAAAGAAGACGAAGACGAGGAAGAUGAAGAUGAAGAACUGGAAGAACCUGAUGAUGAAUAUGAUGAUGGAGAUUAUAAUCAGGCAACUUGUUAUGCCAUCACCAAGAAUGGUCAAGAAAUAGAUGUAAAUGGUACUAGGAAAAUUGCAACUCCGUUUGAACAAGAUUUUUUAAUGGAAGAACAUUGAUUUUGAUGAUGAUGAAGAUGAUUAUAACAUGGAGGAUGACAAUGCUGAUGAGGGUAUAUAUUAGUUGCCUUGCCGAGAACAUUGAUGUGUCUUUCUCUGUUAAGCAGUUUGCAAGUUUAGCAAACUGGACCGUAUUAGAAAUGGUCGUUGUCAACUGCACUUGGGAAUUUUCAGGCUUCAUAGACAUACAGCAAGUGCUGCUUUUCGGUGAUUCCCUUUUUGUAAUAUUGACUAUUGUGCAAUGUUUUCUUGAUUGAAAGAUGCUGCAGAAAAUGAUGUGAGCUCAAGGAAAUGGAUAUUUGGUUGUACAUUUUAUUUACAUGAGAAUCAAUACUGCUUGAGACACGAGACUUUUGAGCAUAUGAGUUUUGGUGUGGUUUCAAGCAUCCAAAGGAGAAAGCUCUGUUCAACCUUGUGACAUAAUAUAUAUUCAGGAUUUGUUUGAGUUA